AGCGGCUAAUGCUAACUGAUGCAGUGUGCCGGAGAGAUGGCGGCACUUCUGCAGCAAGCUCUGGAGAGAAAUGAAAUUAGCAAACUGCCCAAAGCUGUCCAGAACAAACUUGAGAAGGUUCUCGGCGACCAGCAGACAGAAAUAGACUCGUUAAAUUCACACCACGAGAAAUAUAAAGCGGACUGUGAGCAACAGUUCUUUAAUCUCGAGAAGAAACUAGCCGAGAGUCAGGAGCAGUUUCUGUCCCAAAGUAAAGAAAAUAACAGUAUUGAAGAGGAGAAUGCCAGACUAACUGAGGAACUUAAGAAGUUAAAAGAUAUAGAGGAAGAGCAGGGGACAACACAGGAGAGUAAGCCACCAAGGGCCAAAUAUGAAAUCGAGGCAGAAAACAGAGAGCUGUCACGUUUGCUUGAGAAGAGAUCUCAAGAAGUGGAAAAUCUCAGUGAGGAUCUCAAAAGACUCAAUGACAAGCUUGUGGAGACCAACACAGUCAAGAUGGAGCUCCAGUUUAAACUGGAUGAACUUCAGUCAUCUGAGGUUUCCAUUCAGUAUCGCGAAAAAAGAAUGGAGCAAGAAAAGGAGCUUCUUCAGAACCAGAACACAUGGCUGAAUUCAGAGUUAAAGAGCAAGACAGAUGAAGUGUACACACUAUCUAGGGUGAAGGGGAAAGAAAUCCUGGAGCUCAGGUGCUCUUUAGAGAGCAAGACGGGAGAGGUGACCAGGCUUCAGGAUCAAGUCAACACGCUCAAGAAAAACAAUGACAGCCUACAGAAAAGUACUGAAGAUCUGAUGAACAAGCUCAAGGAGGCUAAAGACCAGCAAACCUCCAUGGAGGAGAAGUACCGCAAUGAGCUGAAUGCCAAUCUCAAGCUCUGUAACCUGUACAAGGAUGCUGCCGCAGACUCUGAAGCCAAGAACGCCGAGCUUAACAGAGCUGUAGAAGAGCUCAACAAACUGUUGAAGGAAGCAGUGAGCGCCAAUAAAGUUACAGAAAAGAAGCUUUCAGAGCUGCAGGGUGGGAAGGAAAAAGCAGAGUCUGAGGUACAGGAGAAGCUCAGGAAUCUGGAGAAAGAGCUGGAGAACUCUAAUACAAGCCUGGCAGAUUUUAAGAGAAGAGGUGUUCCAGCUUUCACAGAAGAAGAACUGACAAACCUGUCCCCAACUGCAGCUGCAGUAGCCAAGAUUGUUAAGCCUGGUAUGAAGCUCAUGGAGCUGUAUAACGCCUUAGUGGAGGCACAGGAUCAGCUGCACCUACAGAAGCUGGAGAACAAGCGUUUGAAUAAGAUUCUAGAUGAGAUCGUCCUGGAGGUGGAGACCAAGGCUCCCAUCCUGAAACGCCAACGAGAGGAAUACGAGAAAAUGCAGAAAUCCAUGACCAGCCUUUGUUCCAAACUGGAGCAAGCUAUGAAGGAGGUCCAUCGGCUGCAGAAGGAAACAGAUGAAGCCAAUAAACGAGCGCUGGUGCUUGAGAGAGAUAAUCAGAGAUCAAAGAGACAGUUAGAAGACAUGUCUGAACAGGUGCGUGUGUUACUGGUGGAGCUGGAGGAAGCUCGUGGUAAUCAGGUGGUCCGUGAGGACGUGAACUCUGCGGUAAGCAGCAGCUCUGAGGUGCAGGGCUCACGGCAAGUGGCCUUCCGCAGCGUCCAGGAGCUUCAGCAGCAAAACCAAAACCUUCUGGCCCAGGUCAGAGACCAAGAAGAGCAGAGAGAAAGAGAGCAGACGCAGGCUAAGACUGCCAGGCAAACUGAGUUGGAACAGAGUCUAGAGAAGGUUCAGAAGGAGCUGCAGCAGGUCAAGGAACAGAUGAACCACCACAAGCAGCUGGCUGACUCUGCCGCUCGGCAAAGAGACAUGUACCGCAUCCUGCUGCAGACAGCCGGAGUGGAGCUUCCAACACAGGGUUCAGAAGGUGGAUCUCAGGCCUCCACUCCCAACAGACCAGGAGUCACGUCCACCAGAUCUACACCACUGAGGGCUGCGGCUACAGAAACUGCUCAGGCAACACAGGCCAAAGCAGCGCUCAAACAGAUUAACGAUGCCUUCAUGACAUAUAAAAAAGAAAAGGCAGAAAACGACAAACUUCUGAAUGAACAGAUCGAGAGGCUUCAGGGUCAAGUGUCUGACCUGCUCUCACAGAAGGCCAAACUUUCCUCUCAGCUAGAGUUUGCUUUCAAACGGUACGAGAUGCUUCAGGAGAAUGUGAAUGGCUUCAGACGGGAGAUUGAAGCCCUGAGGGAGAAGAAUCAGAAGAUGACAGCCACUCAUCAGAGACAGGAGGAGAUCAUUCACACAAUGACCCAAGACCUGAGAGAAGCCAGUGAGAAGUUAGCCAUGGCUGAGUUGCGUGUUGAGAACACCCGCAAGGAGCAAGACAUCCUGAAGCAGGUGGAGAACAGAUUGACCCAGGAGAAAGAGUCCAUCCUGACUGAGCAGCGAAACCAGAACCUUCUGCUCACCAAUCUCAAAUCCAUUCAGUUGACUAUGGAGCGCUCUGAGAUGGAAACCAAGCACCGCUACAACAAUCAAAUCCAGCGUCUGGAGAAGGAGAUCGUCCAGUUAAAGAAGAAAGUGGAGCAGGAGGUGGAACAGAGACACGCGUUGGAACGCAACCAAGAUGCUAAGCUGUUGGAAACUAAGAAGCAGUUGGAGACACAGACAACACUGCAUCAGAAGUCUAAGGAACUGCUAAGAUCUGCUGAACAGCAGGUCACCUCUCUCAGACAGCAACUGAACAACAACGAUAACCAGAGCACAACUCCUAAACCACCUGUCAGAACGUUACCUAGAGUUGCAGCUCCUGGCGUUCCUCAGCAGGAAGUGGAUGAGCUUCGUGCACAUCUACAACAGGCCGAGGACCAGAACUCUGACUUGAAGGAACGUCUGAUGAGCACCACCACCAGCGUAGAGCAGUACAGAUCAAUGGUGCUCAGCUUGGAGGAGUCUCUGAACAAAGAGAAACAGUUGGCUGAGCAGGCACGCUCCUCUAUUGAGAGCCAGCUGAAGGCAGCGCAGGAGUUAAGCCAGCAGCUGGAGACCCGACUGGCAGAAGCAGAGAAAGAAAAACUGGAGCUCCAGGAGGAGAAGAUGAAAUCCGUGGAGAGCAUCGAAGAACACGUGAAGGAACUGAAGAGGAACGUGACGGAUAUGCAGACAGAGCUGCAGGAUGCCCUACAAAGAGCUGCAGCAGCGGUGGCCCAAGAGCAGAAAGCCACGCAGGACAGCAAACUACAGGCCAAGCUGGCCGCAGAGGCUCAGAAUAAGUACGAGCGAGAGCUCAUGCUGCAUGCUGCGGAUGUGGAAGCACUACAGGCCGCUAAGAAACAGGCACAGAUGUCAACGCAGAGUCUAAAGCAGCAGGAAGAGAAGGCUCAGAAGGCCACGGUUGAGCUGCGUCAGGGCCGUACUGACUGGGAACUGAAGGAGAAAAGAUUAAAGGAGGAGCUGUCUAAAGAGAAGAAGAGAGCCGAGGAGCUGCAGAAACAGAACACAAUGCUUCACGAACAGAUGGAAAACCUCAGCAGCAAGAUUUCUGCCUCCGCCCAACAGCAGACAGCCGAAGAGAGCAGUAUGAACAUCUCCAUGAGCGAAGAGGGCAAGUCUCAUGAGCAGAUCCUGGAGAUCCUCAGGUUUGUUCGGCGGGAAAAAGAGAUAGCCGAGACACGGAUGGAGGUGGCGCAGGUGGAGGCGCUGCGCUAUAAACAACGCAUGGAGUACCUGGAGGGAGAGCUGAAGGAACUACAGGAGAGUCUGUCUGCAGAGAGAGAAAGACUACAGGUUACUGCAAAGACCUUGGCACAGCAGGAAGACACGAUCAAGCGAAUGGAGAGUAUGAGUGCUUUGACGGAGACCAACAAGAUGCUGAAGAAUGAGAAGAACAGGCUGGAGCAUGAACUGCAGCAGAUUCAGGCCAAGUUGCGUAAGCUGGAAGCAGACAUCCGACCCCUGCAGGAAUCUAACGCUGAGCUGAGUGAGAAGAACAGCAUGUUGGUAGUUGAGAAGAGACUCCUGGAGGAGGACGUCAGACGCUUGAAAACUAGCACGCAGCAACUGCUGAGCCAACAGAAGGACAGCGAUCAAGAGGAAAGUAAGAAGCUACAUUCUGAAAGGGAAACCCAUCUUAAACGCAUCCAGCAGCUCGCUGAGGAGACGAGCAAACUGAAGAGUGAGGUGGCCAGGAGCCAAGCUUCCAUUAGCACAGCUCAAAGCCAGGUGCAGAACCUGCAGGACAAUUUGGGGAAGAUAACCACAGAAAGAGACAAUCUGAAGAAGGAGCUGGAGGCCAAGACUGUAGACAUUCAGGAGAAACACAAAACCAUCACGCAGGUUAAGAAGAUUGGCCGUCGCUACAAAACUCAGUACGAAGAACUUAAAGAACAGCAUGAGAAGAUGGUGGCAGAGGCUGCUGCUAAGCCAGCACAGGAGCAGGAAGACAGCCAGGCCUCCGUGCAAGAGAUUCAGAACCUGAAGAGCUCACUGAGUCAGGCUCAGAACAGAACCUCAGAGCUGGAAGCACAGCUGGACAACAAGCAGAAGACAGUCCAGGAGCGUGAGGCAGAGGUGAAGAGCCUCCAGGAGCAGCUGGCACAUAUGCAGCCAGAGCUCAACCGCAUGAGGGCGGAGCUACAAGAGAAGAGUAACCUGGAGGAGCAGCUACGGCAACAGAUUGCAGAUAAAGAGGAGAAGACCAAGAAAGCCUUCAUGGGUGCCAAGCAGAAGAUCAACCAGCUCAACAAUGCUAAAGAGCAGAUUUCAAAGGAGAAUGAGGAGCUGAAGCAGCAAAAAGAGGAGUUGGAGGUGAGGAUGGGUGCGCUUAAGUCACAGUAUGAAGGCCGACUGAGCCGACAGGAGAGGGAGCUGCGAGACCUCCGUGAGCAGCUGGAGAGACAUGGCGAGCAGAGAGACGAAGCUCAGGAGCCUGGUCAAAGCAAGGUUCAGGAGGUUCAGAGGUCAUCAGAAGCCCGACAAAUCAGUCUCAAACCCACACCUGCUACUGACAGAGGAAGUGCCAGCACAUCAGAGCCCCCCACAGCUAACAUUAAGCCCACACCAGUCACCGGUGCCCCCAGUAAACCCUCACCUAUUGCAGGAAGCAAAUCCACCCCUAGGGCAAGCAUCCGUCCAAUGAUAACGCCAGCUCCAGUGACCACGCCUACUGCCACAGUCAUGCCCACCACGCAAGUUGAAACACAGGAAGCCAUUCAGUCCACUGAGGGACCAGUGGAGCACGUGACUGUCUUCGGCAGUACCAGCGGCACAGUGCGCUCGACCAGUCCUAACAUCCAGACCAUGCAGCCAAUCCUCAGCCUGCAGCAGAAUCAAGCCACCGCCUUUGUCCAGCCUACUCAACAGCAGGCCAGUCAGGAGGCAACAGCUACUAUUAUGGAGGCGGUACAUAGCUCACAGAUGGAGAGACCAUCCACCUCCACUGCUGUCUUUGGCACAGUGUCGGCCACAGCAGGCUCAUCUGUGCCCAAGCGUGUGCGUGAGGAGGAGCACGAGAGCUCCAGUGAGGUCACUGACACCACACAGGAUGACCCCACCCACCCCCCCAUAUCCAAGAAGCUGCGCAUCAUAAGACGCGUGUGUCUGGAGGUUAGCAGUGAUGUUUCAGGCACAGAGGAGAGCAAUGAUGCUAUGGGUGACGCUUCAGACAGUCAGCAGCCUCCAGAUGCCAGUGAGGGACCCUGUCCUGUGUUUGGAGAGGGAGACGAUGAUGAGUCUUUGUCUCAAUCUGUCCCAAUGGAUCAGGUGAGCGAGUCUCAGCCUUCCGAGUCUCAGAUCAGUGGGCAGGACUCGUCUGAGGAGUACAGACAGGACGUCAUCGUCAUAGAGACAGACAGCGCCACUGAUGAGGAAGAGGAGGAGCAGGAUGAGACUGCACAGUAUGAGGAUGAUGAUGCUGAAAACGAGGAGGAUGAUGAUGGCGAUGGAGGGAUGGCAGAAGGAGCAGAGGAGAGUAAUGAAGGCAGCGGGAGCGGAGAUGGCAAUGAGGCCUAUGAGGGGGACGAGGCAGAGGGCGGAGGGUCAGCGGAUGCAGAGGUCGACAAUGAGGAAAGUCAAGAAGCAUCUGAUUGUAUUCAGAAACAGGCAGAUUCUCAGAGUGGUGAAACUAGUGUAAGCACCCUGGAAUCUUUUCCUGCUGCUGAGCCUGUGAGGGAGCACCAGCCACUUCCCAGCAUCAUCACCACCACCUCCUCCCUGGGACCUCGCCUGCCCCAGGCUCCACGCAGGCCGCAUCACACCCCACCCCCACGCCUCAACAUCCACCCAGUCCCUGAGCUUGGCCCCCCCAUCAUGCAGAGACAGUCAGGACAGAGCAGACGGCUCUCCAUGAGUCGGGCACCCCAGCUGACACCUGGAAUCGGAAGCAUGCAACAUUUCUUUGAUGAUGACGACAGGAUGGUUCCCAGCACUCCCACCCUUGUGGUUCCACACCGCACGGACGGCUUCGCAGAGGCCAUUCAUUCCCCUCAGGUGGCCGGCGUACCUCGCUUCCGUUUCGGCCCUCCUGAAGACAUGAUACCCCAAGCUAGCUCGUCUCACUCUGACUUGAGCCAUUUGGCCACACACGGAGGGUUGGGGAUGUAUGAGUGCCCUCUCUUCCUGCCUACCCAUGAUGAGGAGUCUGGAGGCAGGAGUGUGCCCACCACCCCUCUACAGGUUGCAGCUCCAGUGACAGUAUUUACAGAAUGCCACCCGUCUGAUGUGUCAGAGACAGCCUCCCAGUCCGUUCCCAUGGUGACCACGUCCACUGGCGGUAUGACGGCCCCAGGGGAAGCUGUUCCGGGAGACGACGGUGAUGACGUCUUCGUAGCUGAGGCUGAGAGUGAAGGGGUGAGUAGUGAGGCGUGUCUAGAGAGCCAGUCGGAGAUGGAAUCUGCACAGCCGACUGAUGAUGCAAGUCUGCCCUCCACCAGCCAAGAGCCAACGUCCAGCUCUGCAGACACUAGUAGCACCAGUACAGGACCGGUCAAACCUGCAAGUCGGCUCAUUCCCCAGCACCAGCUGCCCCGGAGGUUUAUCAGAAGAGGUGUUGGUUUUCCUCGUGGAGGUCGGGGUCGAGGUCUCAAUAGGGGCACUCCCAUCUAAAUCCACUUGACUUUACAGUGUCUGCCCAGCAGUAACACUGAUCACAGAUCCAUAAAGAGCUCUACAGAGCAGCCAGAAUCAGCCUAAUGUUCUUUUACUUGUUUUUAUUUCAUUUAAGAAGCUUUAAAGCAGUCAAAAAAUGUUUUGUAUUUUGCGAGUUAUCGUCCUGACGCCGUGUUCAAUAGUUUUGCAAAUAAAUGGAGAAAUCUC